AUGGAAUCAGACGAUAGCCCGACGGACUCAGAAGCAUCCGACAAUAGCACCUCGGCCUCAUGUGAUGGGAGUACCAAUCUCGAUGACACCCCCCCGCCCCUUGAGGCCAUCGCCAUUACAGGCACCCCUCGUGAUCUCAGCGUCUCCAACUGCAUCAUCGAUGAUGUCGACUCCAUCUACGAACUUGUGUCGAUCGAAGAUACACCCGUCGAGAGGGAUUACAAGGACGCCCGAGCUCAUGACCCCGACAUGCCUCCAAUUCACGAGUUCUAUGACGAUGACGGAACCGUCAGUCCCAAGCGCCUCCCCUUCGCGCUCAUCGAGCACUGCUUCUCCUUCCUCCCCAUCGCCGACCUUGUCCACGCGCAUAACGUCUCGCAUAGCUGGCGGCGUAUCUUCACUCGUCGCCUUUGGCGCGGUGCGUUCUUCCGCGAGGCCGACUACGAGGAUGCGCAUCUCCGUCGCGUGCGGCACAUCGAGACCAUGGCCAACCAGUUCCAGCUGUUCAAGUACCUCGAUGACGCCGAUUGUCUUAUCGCGUUCCUGAACGAUGGGUAUCUCCUUCUUGUUCCCAACUGGACCACGGUCUGCAUCGGCCAGCAAGACCUCUCAUCCAACGACCGUGACAACUAUGUCCGUGACAAGUCAAUUCUCCUCCACCUUCAGGACAAGCCACCUUUCACACCGAACAAGCAAUACCGCACCGGAUUCUGCGGCACUAGGAUGUUCAUCUACUGUCACAUAUUCACAGUGAUUCUGGACUCCGCCAAGCUCCCGCUGUCCCCGGUCAUCAAGGCGGCGGAGGCAGGGAGCACGGACGGUUCCUUCUCACGGGCCUCCAGUCUCGAAGCGACGAUAAUCACAGACUCGGAGCGCUCCAUGGCAGAUGACGACGUCAUUCUCGAGGAUGCCGAGUCCAUCUAUGAGCUUGUGUCAGUUGAGGGCGGCUCGACCGAGGCCAACUACAAGCAAGCCCAAGCUCGCGACCCCGAGCUGACUGCUUACGAGGAUUUCUAUGACGAGGAUGGAGAGCUUGCCCGUGCUCUUCGUAUUAUCACUUUCGCCAAGGCGCCUGAGAGGAAGGCGUUCUAG